GUCUUCCAGUAAGUGCAUAUCAGGAACGGGGCAAGGUAUCAGUGCCUGAUCGGAGAUAAAUGAGAAUGGGAGGAUACCAGGAGGUCCGGAGAAAGAUUAAAAGCGCCACAGCGUUGAAGCAGCGGCACACCAGCAAAGGCAACGAGAGAGGAAGGACACCAAAGUGACAACAAUAGUGUGGGAGAAGAACAAGCUAGAAGACGCAGGACCAAAACCGGAGACGAAAGACCAUCAAGAAGUAUAGAGACAACUGAGCUACGACCAACAGAUUACAUCUUUGGCUCCGCCCACAUGAUGAUCGACGACAGGCUGUCCACCAACAAGGUGACCAUGUUCAACUCACUCUCUCGAAACAUCAACCCCGGCUUGCAACCACCAGUUGUCAUUGUAGCAGAACUGGCAAAACCUGGAAGGAGGAAGAGAACAAAGAAGGUCAAAAAGAUUGUCACAGAAAGCAGAAAUACUGGCAAAAUUGAUGUGGCGUUAAGUACUCAACAAAAAAAGGCAGGAAAUGGCAGUUUAAAGAUCAAAAGAGUGCCAAGAGGUAAGGAAAAAAACUAUAACAGAGAUGUUUUCAUCAUGAAAGCUCCUCCAAGGCCCGGAGGAGAUAAGACAAAGGAUCAGAAGUUAAGUGAAUUCAGGUGAUCCAUUCGGACCACACUGACACUAAGUCCUUCUGAGGAUAUCUUUCUAGUGACUUUGGUUCAAUUGGAUGUGAAACCAAUUACCGCUGAUGUGCAUCUUUAAAACAGAACUUCACCAAAAAGCCAUUAAUGCAUGAAAGAUAGUAGAUUUACACAAACAAAACAACAAUCUCUUUACUUGCGAUUGUCUUGCCACGCCAACGGUAUUGUCUUUAACUUAAUUUAUAAAUGGAAUAUUUGUAUCCAGAAAAAGACGUUUGAUCAAAAGCAGAUGGCCAAUAAAUAUCUAAUGAAGAUGAAAUACCGAAAUGUAACAUGACUCACCUAUAAAGUUUAUGCAAUAUUUGCUAAAUCGUUUAACGAUCUGGCAUUGAUUCAUGAGAAAAAUAUGCUUUUAAGUCAUAAAGUAAGUUUUGUAUGUACAAUUUUUUCCACAUGAUCGUACAUCCCUUUGUGGGGGUGGUGGGUGACGACAAAUUGACACUAUAGCGGGAGAAAUAGGUGAAAGUUGUGAGACAAAUAGUGAGUGAAAACAUGAAAAAACACAUAUGUUAAGAAUUCAAAAUUAAUUUUUUUCUGUUGCUUCUUUUUUUUCCAUUUCUUAUGUCACCAACAAGCCUGUGAGUGCUUUUUAGAUGAGAGGCCCACCACAGCACCGCAUGCUCAUUGAGAAGAGCGAUAUGUGCUUUCAUGUCAAAGUUUUUUCACUAAAUUUGACGGCAGUUGACUUUUUGAAGAAAAGAUAGUAUCUCGGGGGCUCCACUUAAAUAGCGACAUAGUUUAAGCUGUAUAUUAUGAUAAAUAAUUUUGUUGCAGUCCAAAUGUAUUUGCUACGGCAAGCCACAAAUAAAUGCAUGAGAAAUGCUGAAGUGUAAGUCUAGAUUCCCCCCCACCCCUCCAAAAAAACCCUGACUUUAAAAUUCAGUUCCAGUACAACAAGCAAUAUACUAGUUUUUACGUGUAAACAAUUAAAUAUCAACUGAUGUUGACAACUCAAUGUUUGCUUUUAUUUAACACACACAACUAAUCAUUAAUUCAUAUUUUUAAUGGAUCGGACUCACUGUAUUAUUGCAUCUUUAACUUAAGGAAUAUAAUAUUUGACCUUUACUAUAUCUUUUGAGUAAAUGGCCAAAAUCAUUAAUACAACCGCUGAGUUCAUGCAACACUGACUUAUUGUAUUUGUGUAACAAAAUACAAUAGUGUUAAUGGACUGAUGAAAAAAAUAUAAAUGUAGAUCCUAGUGUAAUUGUCGUGUACAUUUAUGUUCCCAACCUCCAAAACAGCUUUUAUUUUAAAUAUUGACUUUUAAAUCGUAAGCCAGUUCAACAGUGAUUUAUAGUUUUGUGUUUAACUGACACAAUACAUAAAAUAUAUAAUUUGAGACUACUUUUUUAAAAUAUUGAGUUGGUUUAACUUUACUUUACCAGAAAAACUAUUAUGAGGAACAUGUUUACAUUAAAAAUCUAAAAAAUAAAUGUAGUGAUGUAUUGUUUAAAAUACUUUUCUUUGAGUGACAUGUCUAUAAAUGCCGUGUUGAAUUCCAGGCUGAGCCUGAAAUCAAGUGUGAAAUUACCGAAACAUGCCAGCACACCAUAAGCAGCCCCAAAAAGUCAUGCAAGGUAAUCUUUUUAAUGUUUCCCCCCGGCAAGCAUAUGCAACCUUUUUCAAGCAUGACACCUUUUUUUUCCAACGUUAACAAUACUAAUAAAAAAAUUAUUGAUAUAAUAGUCCAGCUAAUGAAAUCCAAUUGAAAAAAAUUACAAAUACACCAGUAAUCAUGUUUAAUAUUGCGUUUUCUACCUAGGAGAGCGACCUACGAUUUAAACACAGCAAUUCAAUGAAAAGUUAAGAAAUAAAAAACACAGUGUUGCAGAAAUUAUUACAUGUUUAAGUAAUAUUAUAAUUAUUGUUAACUUAAUGUUAUCCUAAUUGAUCCAAAAGAGAGAAACAUUUUUUGGGGGGAGGGGAGAUGUAUAAACAAAAUCACAAAAGUAUCACAAAAUUACAAAAUACAAAAAUUGUGUACAAUAUGCUUUAUUUAUUUAUUGAUAUAACAGUAAAAUCAUAAUAAAUAUUGUACAUUUAUAUAAUUGUGUUAUUUAAAGGGUAAAACCCAUUCAUAAGAUACAUAAUAGUUGAUUACAGGCUAAAAAUAAAAUUAUCCUGAAAAAAAUCACAUUCAUUUUAGAUUUAAUUAUACUGUGCAAUAUCAUUAAAACACGUCAUUGUGAAAUACUUGAUAAUAUCGUACAUUGUAGAUUUUACUCCUUGUAUUUGUUAUUCAAAGUGAAAACAUUUAAUACAAAAAGUAGCUUUUUGGACUAAAACAAAAAAAGAAAAAAACACAUGAUAAUGAACAUAAUGUUCUCCUAUUUUAAAGCUGCAUUUUUUUCCCUAAUUUUGUCAUUUCAAGGAAGACAAAUAUCCAAAACUUAUUGAAAAAAUGUUUUGGCCUCAAAUUAAAUGAUAAUUAAAUGUAAAAAUGAUUAAAUACAUUUACACGUUUUAAGAUUUUCAUAAAAAUGUUAUACUUUCAAGCUGCAUCAUCAUGUUAUCAGUGUCCAAUGAAAAGCAUUUAUAUUAUUAGUUUGCCAUUUAAAGUGUGAAGUGUACAAUUAGGUCAACAUUUUUUGACCAGAAUGCACGGUAUAUUUAGUCACCGUGUGCUCGGAGAAGAGGGAGGAUUAAAUAUACAUGACGUGAACCUGUCUGUAAAAAAUAAAUCAUAACCAUAGGCAGACCGUGUAAUGACUAGCAAUUCAUCACAUUGCUGUGGAUUUUUUAUAUUAUGAGAA